AUGUCCCCCACGGCAGCACUCCAAGGCCGCUUGAGAGAGCUCUCGGCCGCCCAAGGCGACAUCCAGCCUCUGGUUACCCGACUGCACGACUUUACUACCUCGAUCGGACAAGGCGAUGAAGCACGCUUAGAGCUUGGUGCCGAGAUACACUCCAGACUGAAAGAUGCGGAGCAGGAAUUGGAGCUAUUGCGCGUGGAAGUUGAGGCUCUGGAUAUUGGCACAGAUACCAAGAAGAGACAAUCUGCGGCACAUGGGGAAAAGGAGGCAGAGAGAGAGCGAAUCGUUGCCAUGGCGGGGCGAUUGGCUGAGGAUCUGAAGCGAACACGAAGUGAUUUCCGAAAUGCCCAGUUGCAAGCAAAACGCAAUGCUGAACUCGCGAAGCGCAAGGAGAAAGACCUUUUGCUGUCUAGAUCUAGUGGCUCGGAGCAAAGGAAGCCCACUGAAAAGCUUACACAUGAUGAUCUUGUUCUGAAUGCCUCCAGUGAUGUCACAUCGGCAUUGCGCAGAACCCAUCAACUUAUGCAAUCGGAGCUCUCUCGCAGCCAGUUUGCUCAAGAGACCCUUGAUCAAUCUACGGCCGCAAUCUCAUCACUCUCUGAGUCCUAUAGUGGUCUCGACACACUUCUCUCAUCAUCGAAGAGUCUUGCUAAUUCCCUUCUCCGCUCUCAAAAGUCCGAUACAUGGUACCUUGAGACCGCAUUCUACAUUUUGAUCGGGACUAUCAGCUGGCUUCUUUUCCGGCGUGUUUUCUACGGGCCUCUUUGGUGGUUAGUAUGGCAGCCCUUGAAGCUAGUCGCUCGAGUCGUGUUUGCGACGCUGGGUACUGUGGGUCUAUCCAGCACCGCCGUUCAAUCUGCUUCGGAGUCAUUAUCCAGUGGCAUUACCUCUACUAUUCACGAGACUGCCACCGCGGUUGUCACUGGGACCACGACCUCCGGAAGCACUGCAUGGGAACAUGAACCCUCGGCGCCGAUUGACAGUGACCGCGUGAUUGAUAAGAUUGGAAAAAUGGUCGAGGAAGACAACCAAGGGGCACAUGAUAUCGACGAUGUCACUCCCGAAGAAAGGGCCAGACAAGAAGAACUUCCUCGCAACCCAAAGAAGCGGAUGUUUGAGGUCGAGGUGGAAGAACAAGUGCACGAUGAGUUAUAG